UUCCGUACUUGCUGUACCCGGCGAACAUGCUGCUUUGCCAGUGUAGCAUAUUAUGUUGGAUUUAGUUUUUACAGUGAUCUCAGGGACAGUGCACGUCGAAUGUGUUGUGAGAGUGCAGUACACUAAAUAGAACGCAAUUCCGGUGCUGAUUGAAACAGUAUGAUUUCCACCGUGCUACGAACAGGAGCGGUCCGAGGAGACCAGAUCGCAAAAGGACUUCGCAUCAAUACGUUAAGAAUGGCUUCUACUUAUUUGGUGGAGAACAGCAAGUAUUCGUUCCUCAAGGAUCUCGGUCUCGGCAAGGUGAACAGCGGCGUAUUCAAUGGCGAGUGGACCGGAACGGGCGAAGUUAUCAAAUCCAUUGACCCAGCCAGUGGUGAUGUAAUCGCAGAAGUGAAGACCGGCACCGUUGCCGAACUGGAAAAGUGUCUACAGGUUGGCACCAGCGCGUAUCACCAAUGGAAGAAUCUACCGGCCCCAUAUCGGGGGGAAAUAGUGCGCCAGAUUGGCGAUGAGCUGCGAAAAUAUCGCGAGCCGCUCGGUAAGCUAGUAUCGCUUGAAAUGGGUAAAAUUAUGGCCGAAGGUGUUGGCGAGGUUCAGGAAUUCGUAGAUAUCUGUGAUUAUGCCGUUGGUCUGUCAAGAAUGUUCGCUGGACAGAUUCUUCCAUCUGAAAGAGCGAAGCAUACCAUUAUAGAGAAGUGGAAUCCAUUAGGGCUGGUGGGAGUAAUUUCUGCUUUUAAUUUCCCAUGCGCUGUAUUCGGAUGGAAUACGGCUAUUGCGCUGGCAGUUGGCAACUCUGUUCUUUGGAAGGGAGCGCCAAGUACUCCGCUGGUGUCCAUCGCCACCACUAAGAUAGUCACAGAUGUAUUAAAACGAAACAAUUUGCCACCGGUGGUAACACUCUGUCAAGGAGGUACCGAUGUUGGCAAGAAGAUGGUAGCCGAUGAACGAGUUAAGCUUCUGUCCUUCACUGGCAGCACUGCAGUCGGUCGUGAGGUGGGUGUUGAAGUACAACGCAGAUUCGGAAAAUUUUUGCUCGAGCUUGGCGGCAACAAUGCUCUCAUUAUCAAUGACGACGCACCAACUGAUAUGGCUCUGGAUGCUGCCUUCUUUGGUUGUAUAGGAACCGCAGGUCAACGUUGCACGAGCACUCGCCGUCUUAUCAUCCACGAAAAACUGUAUGACGAAUUUGUAACCAAGCUGGUCAAACGCUACAACAAUCUGCUCAAACGUGUUGGCCAUCCGCUGGAGGAAUCGACUCUGUAUGGUCCACUGCACAACCAACAAGCCGUUGACAAUUAUAAGAAAACAUUAGCAGAAGCUGUUAAACUGGGAGGCAAAGUUGAAUGCGGUGGAAAAGUGAUUGAAAGACCAGGAUUUUUCGUUGAACCUACUAUCAUUACCAACCUGCCGCAUAAUUCUCCGGUGGUGCACAAGGAAACGUUUGCGCCUAUUGUGUAUAUUCUGAAGGCGAAGAACCUAAACGAAGCCAUCGAGUGGAACAAUGAAGUCGACCAUGGACUGUCGUCUUCGCUGUUUACGACAAACAUUGGAUCAGCAUUCCAGUGGAUCGGCGAGGGCGGUUCGGACUGCGGUAUCGUCAACAUCAAUACUUCACCAUCGGGUGCGGAAAUUGGCGGUGCAUUUGGCGGAGAAAAACAUACUGGAGGUGGCCGCGAAUCGGGAUCCGAUGCAUGGAAGCAAUACGUUAGACGAUCGACGAUUACCGUCAAUCAUUCGCCCGAUCUUCCGCUGGCACAGGGACUUGUUUUCGAGUAAAUAAAAUAUUGGAUAAAAACGUG